CUUGUGCAAGAGGCAAAACUAGCAUCAUCAUCUAAUGUCGCAGCUAACGCAAGUAAGGCAGGGGUACGAACCAGUUCAACAUUGUCGAAAACAUCACAAACUAACCCAUCAACGUCCAAAGUAUCAAAGGGAAAGGAGGCAUCAACUCGUAUUAAGCUAUCAACCGAGUCUAAAGCGAAGGAAAUCGAUCCUAAAUUGCAAGCGAGGCCUGAUACAAAUAUUUUUGAUGAAAUUCUCGGAUUGAAUACUGCAAAACCAGUGAAGUCAGUAACCAAAACAGUCAAAAAAGAUCAGCAAAAACCAACGGCAGUCGUCAAAAUUGCUGCUGAAAAGCAAGAUCCUUUAAUGAUUGUAGGAACUUCUAAAAGUUCGUCAGAAGUAAUAGAAGAUGGCGGAUCAUCGGUAGUAAAAAAAGAGCAAGAGAACGGACAGUCAUUGACUAUAAAGGAAGCUAAAAAGGAUAUCAAAGUCACCAUAUCUAAAAAAAGGAAGCGGGUAACUUUUGCACCUGAUAAUAUGCUUACUCAGGUCAAAAUAUUUGAAGAGGAAUACGAUGAAAUGGAAGGUGAAUUUUCAGCAGCCAAUACACCACAUCAAUUUGGAAAUGCACGAGAUCUUGAUAGAAAUGAAGGGUUGACGGCUUUCAAAAGAGUACGGAAAGCGCCAGCAAUUCAAUGGUAUACUGCUCCCAUGUUGGAUCUGACCAACAAGAAAAUAAUAAAGCCUGCAACGGUGGAAAGUGACGAGGCAAGAAUACAGGAAGAGCGGGAACGACAAAUCUUGGAAACAAUAUACAUUACAUCAGAUCAAGUUCCAUUUUCACCAGCCGAACCUGAUGAAAAUAUACAGCAAAAUCGAAGUAAUAUAACAUCUCAGGAAAUUAUCUUAAGCGCAGAAUCUGAUGAAGAGGAUAUUGAAGACGAUACUGGAGAUAAUGAUUCAGAAA